UUACCCUUUUCUUAGAAAGAAGGCAGAUUUACUCAAGUUUUAUGGUUGCAUACCAGUCCAUUGUUUAAAGACGUUCGACUAGAGGUUGCUGAGACCCACUACGAUCCCCAAGUCCGAUCUCCGGAGGCUCGCCCUGACAUGCGAUGAACCGCACCACACCCGUCCCACUUUCGCGCUGGUACUGCCAAAGCAGGCCGCAAAGCUCCCCAGGAGACUACGACGCGCGACAUGCAUUUGAGGAAGCCGUACAGGUCUUCAAAAAUAAGGGGACUAAAGAUCCGCGGAAAUCCACGGCUCUUGACAACAUUCAAGCAGCUACAAUUCACGAUGUUGUCGCCGCUGUCAAUGCAGCAAGCGAGGCUUACAAGAGCAGAAGAGCGAGCCCUUCGGCACGAAACUGUCUCGUGGAGGUUUCCAAGCGAAUAGCUUAUUAUGGCAAGGUUAUGGACGCACUGGUUCAGCAGCAUCCGGAAUACGUGUCUCUAGCAUGGGGCACUAUGAAGCUCGUCUUCGGCGCUCUGGUCGAGAACGAAAAGUUAGGGACCACGAUUGUCACAGGCCUCUGUGAGGUUGCAGAUGCUCUGCCCAGGAGUGAACUUGCACUAGAGCUGUAUCCCACUGAUGCAAUGAGGGAGUCCGUGGUCGCAUUGUACACCUCGAUCCUGCGUUUCUUGACGCGCGCCCUGUUAUGGUGCGAAGAGGGCAGAGUCCGCCAUGCAAUCCAUGCUGUCACCAAACCCGCUGCUUUGCAGUAUGACGAUAUCCUGGCUCAAAUUCGGCAGGUCAAUCGCAGCAUAUCUGAUUGUGCCACAGCAAGUAGCCAGGCUGAACAAAGAGAUAUGCACAAUAAACUGCGCGAUGUUGAAACAACUGCGAACUAUGAGUUCAGCGAAAUCCGGUCACGGCAGAAGGAAACUCAAUCAACGUUGGGAUUGUUCGAAGACAAUACUUCGUCUGCGCUGACCAGGAUGGAGAACCAUCAGCUGCAGGUCAAUACAGAUUUGGUUGCCAUGACAGUCCUGAUCCAUGACCUUCGGGACACACUCUUAGCGAGAGACGCCGCAUACGCCACCGAGCGCGCGCAAAUAACGAAUGCAUUAUCCGACAUUCAGCUGUCGCAGGCGUUGGGGGCAAUGUCCUCGUCGCUCGCGUUGGACCAUAUGGCAACUCUUCGUCAAAUCGGAAAGCUGCUAGGCCGGCGGCCUGGGAAAUCAAGUCGGAAUGCUAUGAAGUUGCAGACAUAUGCAACCUUCAACGAUUGGUCCACCUCUCCAAGCACAAACAUACUGUGUGUCGGAAGCACCUUCAAAGAGCGCAAGGCAUUGCAACAGGGCGUCGUCCAGAUCAUCGAAUACCUUCGGCAAUCCAAGGUUGCUGUACUAUGGGCCUUGAGGAGCCGAAACCAGACAUAUGAGACGUUAGAGGUACUGAAAAGCCUUGUCUACCAAGCUUUAGCCGCGACUCCCAGCACGGAUACCGAUACCACAUCAUCUUCGAUGUCGCGGCGACUGUUUAAUGCAUGCUUCGAAGAGGACUAUGUCCACCUUCUGGAUGACAUCUUGCAGAAUUUCAACAUCGUUUAUAUCAUCGUCGAAUCGUCUGUCAUGUCCUCGGACGCCUCGACACGGUUUCAGAAGCAUUGUGGUGAUCUCCUAGCAAGGUCAGAGUCUCGUGCGCCAAGGGGCCGUUUGAAAGUUCUCGUGGUCAAUUAUGGGCCGUCAGUACCACCGCCCCCAGGAGCGAAGGAUGUUCUUAAGCUAGGAAAAUCGAACCAAGGCAGAGCCCAACAAGCAAGGGGCAAGGUCUCCCCAGCAUUCAGAGGGCGUCUGUCGUGCAGGAGCUCCGCAGCUGAGUAAACAUGCAGCCUUGAAAUGAACGGGUACUGACAAAAGACACGUUCAAAAAAGGCAGCAGAAUGGAUUGUUGAAAGUCGGCUGACGGAUGCGAUACGAGGUGCCCCUUG